AUGGCUGGUCAAGGUUGGGGCGAUGUGGUGGAAGAAGCCCAUCAAGCCCAUCCGCCCGCGCCAGGCCCCCCCGCGCCAUACAUGCACCCCGCUGGCGGGCCUUCCGCUCCGGGGGGACCCCGCGGACAGGGACCAAUUCUACGGCAGCCGAUCACGUCGUACGUCCCCCCCCACUUGCGCGGCCGCGGGCCAGUCGGCGGGGGAGAUUUUGCGCAGCCUCCGGGUAUGCCGGGGAUGGGCCCACCGGGAGCUCCCGGCCCUGCGCCGGUAGUUUCCUGGAAUGCGCCGGCGGGGGGAGCUGGCGGAUCGUGGGCGGAUCAGGCAGGCGCGACGGGUCCAGCAUACGGGGGACCUCCGCCAGGCGGCGCAUGGAACGGCGGAGCUUCAGGCGGAGGCGGCUGGGGUGGCGGAGGAUACGGCGGAGGGGGCGGAGGCGCCUGGCAAGGGGGGGGUGCCGGAGGCGGGUACGGCGGCGGCCGAGGGGGAUACGGCGGCGGGAGACGGGGCGGCGGCGGUGGCGGCGGCGGAGGGCCGCUGGGAGGGUUUAGCGGGUCAGGCGGCGGGCGGGAGGAGGAUCCGUUUUCGACGCAGACGAAGAAGGACUCAGAGGCGGUGUUUGAGAACCACCAGAACACGGGCAUUAACUUCGACGCGUACGAGGAUAUCCCCGUCGAAACCAGCGGCGACAAUGUCCCCCCCGCCAUCACUGCUUUCGACGGAUCGGGGCUCCAGCCCGCGGUGAUGGAGAAUGUGAAGCGCUGCAACUACUCCAACCCCACGCCAGUGCAGCGGCACGCCAUCCCCAUCUCGCUCGCGGGGCGCGACCUGAUGGCGUGCGCGCAGACGGGGUCCGGCAAGACGGCCGCGUUCUGCCUGCCCAUCAUCUCCGGCAUCCUCGCCGCCGGGCCGCCGCCCGACCGCCCCCGCUUCGGCCGCAAAGCGUUCCCGCUCGCGCUGAUUCUGUCGCCCACGCGCGAGCUCACGAGCCAGAUCCACGCGGAGGCCUGCAAGUUUGCUUACAAGACUGGCCUGCGCGCAGUCGUUGUUUAUGGCGGUGCCCCUGCCGGCCAGCAGAUGCGGGAGCUGGAGAGGGGAGUUGAGAUCCUUGUCGCCACGCCUGGAAGGCUGUGCGACAUGCUGGAGCGAGGAAAGGUAUCCCUCACCAUGGUGCGCUACCUUGCUCUCGACGAGGCCGAUCGCAUGUUGGACAUGGGCUUCGAGCCGCAGAUCCGGCGCAUCGUGGAGCAGGAAGGCAUGCCGCGCGCGGGCGAGCGCCAGACGCUCAUGUUCUCGGCCACGUUCCCCAAGGAGAUCCAGCGCCUGGCCGCCGACUUCCUGGCCAACUACGUGUUCCUCACGGUGGGGCGCGUGGGGUCGUCCACGGAUCUCAUUCAGCAGCGCGUGGAGUAUGUGCCCGAGCAUGACAAGCGGUCGGUGCUCAUGGAUCUAAUCCACGCGCACCACACCUCCAACGGCGCUACUGGCAACGCGUCCCCACUCGUCUCACCAUCCCCCUCCUCCCCACCACCUUUUCUCCUUCUCCCCCCACCCCAACCACCUGCACCACAAGGCAGGCUCAAACUGGUGUUGGUGGAGACCAAGAAGGGGGCCGACUGUCUCAAGGACUGGCUGUGCUGUGCCGUGCUGCAACGGCUUCCCCGCCACCUCCAUCCACGGCGACCAACCACCACCUUUCCCCCCCUUCCCCCCCCCCCACACACUCCCCUCCCACCACAGGGCGGGCUCACACUGGUGUUUGUGGAGACCAAGAAGGGAGCGGACUCGCUGGAGGACUGGCUGUGCCGCAACGGCUUCCCCGCCACGUCCAUCCACGGCGACCGCUCGCAGCAGGAGCGCGAGUCGGCUCUGCGCUCCUUCCGCUCCGGCCGCACGCCCAUCCUCGUCGCCACCGACGUGGCGGCGCGCGGCCUCGACAUCCCGCACGUGAGCCACGUCAUCAACUACGACCUGCCCUCCGACAUCGAUGACUACGUGCAUCGCAUCGGGCGUACCGGGCGCGCGGGGAAGACUGGUUUAGCCACGGCGUUUUUCUGUGACAAGGAUACGAACCUGGCGCGGUCGCUGAUAGAGUUGAUGAGUGAGGCAAAUCAGGAGGUGCCCGGGUGGUUGCAGAACUUCGCGUCGCGGUCGGGGUAUGGUGGUGGUGGGAAGGGCAGACGAGGCGGCGGUGGAAACCGGUUCGGAGGGAGGGAUUUCAGGAAGGAGCGCGGGGGAGGGGGAGGGGGGUAUGGCGGGGGUGGGUAUGGCGGUGGGGGGUAUGGCGGCGGGGGAGGGUAUGGGGGCGGGUAUGGGGGAGGAGGGGGGUACGGUGGUGGUGGUUAUGGCGGCGGUGGUGGCGGGUACAGCAACGCUCCUCCAAGCGCCUGGGAUUAG